GUGUUUCUGUUUACUUGUAGAAAAAUGGCGGAGUCCAAAAUUUCAGUAACUCAGGACGAGUUCAGCUGUUCAGUCUGUCUGGAAACACUGAAGGAUCCAGCUGCUAUUCCAUGUGGACACAGUUUCUGUAUGGUGUGUAUUAAUAACUGCUGGGAUCAGGAGGAUGAUAAGGGAACAUACAGCUGUCCACAGUGUAGAAAAACCUUCACUCCAAGACCUGAAGUGAGUAAAAACACAAUGCUGGCUGGAGUUGUGGAGAAACUGAAGAAAACAGAACUUCAAGCUCCACAUCCUGCUCACUGUUCUGCUGGACCUGAAGAUGUGGAGUGUGAUUUCUGUACAGAUAGAAAAUCAAAAGCAGUCAAAUCCUGUCUGGUGUGUUUGGCCUCUUUCUGUGAAACUCACCUUCAGCCUCAUUAUCAAAUUCCUGUUUAUAAGACUCACAAGCUGGUUGAAGCCUCCAGACGACUCCAGGAUCAGAUCUGCUCUCAGCAUAAUAAACUGCUGGAGGUUUACUGUCGUACUGAUCAACAGUGUAUCUGCAUGUUGUGUACCAUGGAUGAUCAUAAAGGACAUGAUACAAUAUCAGCUGCAGCAGAAAGAACUGAGAAACAGAAGCAGCUGCUGGAGAUCCAGAGAAAAUUCCAAGAGAAAAUCCAGAACAGAGAGAAGGAACUUUGUGAGCUGAUAAACGCUGUGAAGUCUCACAAGUGUUCUGCACAGACAGCAGUGGAGAACAUUGAGAGGAUCUGUACUGAACUAAUCAACUCAAUUAACAGAAGAUGCUCUGAGCUAAAAGAUCUGAUCAGAGAUCGAGAGACAGCAGAAGUAAGUCAAGCUGAAAAAGUCUUGAAACGGGUGGAACAGCAGAUUGUAGAGCUGAAGACGAAAGAUGCUAAACUGGAACAGCUUUCACACACAGAGGAUCCCGUCCAUUUCCUCCAGAAUUUUCAGUCUCUCUCGGCUCCUGCUGGAUCUGCAGAAUCAGCCGCCAUCACAAUCAGUCCUUUCCUCUCAUUUGAUGAUGUUACAAAGUCUGUAUCUCAGCUGAGAGAGAAAGUAGAAGAAUUCUGGAAGGAUCAGUGUGAGAAGAUACCAGAUGAAGUAAAGAAAGUCUGGAUUACUUCACCUCCUGAACCUGAAAUCAGAGAAGAUUUUCUACAAUAUGUUUGUCGGUUCACACUGGAUCCAAACACAGUAAAUAAAAACCUCCGUCUGUCUGAGGAGAACAAAGUGGUGACCUGCAGUGAAACAUUACAGUCGUAUCCUGAUCAUCCAGAUAGAUUUAAUUAUUACUGGCAGGUUGUGUGUAGAGAGAGUGUGAGUGGACGCUGUUACUGGGAGUUUGAGUGGAGUGGGGAUGAUGGGGUUUGUAUUGCAGUGUCAUAUAAAAGCAUCAGCAGGAAGGGACGUGGUGUUAAGUGUGUGUUUGGAGGUAAUGAUCAGUCCUGGAGAUUAGACUGUUCUCCAUCCAGAUUUUUAUUCUGGCACAAUAACACAAUGACUAAAAUUCCCAUAAUGCCGAGUUCCUCUAGAAUAGGAGUGUAUGUGGAUUAUGAAGCAGGAACUCUGUCCUUCUACAGCGUCUCUGAUACAAUGAAGCUCCUCCACAGAGUUCAGACCACGUUCACUCAGCUCCUCUACCCGGGGUUUUAUCUUUAUUCAGGAUCAGAAGUGAAACUGUCAGAUUUAACAAACUAAAUGUAAAAUUUACAUGAAAGUGUAACAUUAAACUGUUUGAGUGAUUUUAGAAUCUGUGAGGCAGUGAUACAUUUAUGAAGAUAUGCUGCCUGCAACACCUUACACAACACAUUAUCUUUCCAAUGUGAUGUUGUAAUAAAUCCAAAAUAAAUAAAUGCCUUAGAUAACAUAGACUGCUUCCCCUAUUCCAGCUCCUAACAACAAAUUCCUGAUGGUUUGGUUUUGGUUAAAGAUCAGCAGAUACUUUAAUUAGAAAUAAAUUAGAACUUGUUGCUUGGGUACAGAUUUGGGAAUUUAUUAUUAUUACUAUUAUUUUAUUUUUAUAAUAUAAAAUUAGAGAGUGUUUAUGGCUCUUUUGUCCCAAGUGUUUUUGUAACGUGUUGUAGACCUGCACUGGCGACUGUUUUUGGUAUACAGGAAAGAAAAGGCUGAAUGCAGGUGAAAAGGCGUUAUUUGGCAACCAGCACUGUGUAAAUAUUGGACAGAACACAUGAUGGGUUAUUUGAACUUGUUGGGUUGUGCAGUUUAACCAUUGUGCUGAGCUGUGAGAUUCUUUUUUAUCAUGGAUCAACUAUGUAACUUUACUGCAGCUUGUAUUUAAAUGAAAGGUUUACAUUGCUGUCUUCAGGAUUUCCUCUUUAGUGAUAUUUAAUGUUAAUAGCUGUUCUGAUCUAAAAGAUGCUGCUGCCUUUAACCUUUAAAA